UGAUUUCAGACAAAUCCAUUGAGAAGGCUAGUCUAUACUGCACUUCCCUUAUUGGCAAUAAUAAUGGCUUCCCUUCUCUCAUCUAAUUCUGCUGCUCCUAGUCAUUAUGAAGUUAAUCCUAACUCAAGAUUUGAGGCUACUUUGAUAGAAGAAACAUGUAGUGCUCAAAAACCAAAAGGGACCAAAGGAGGAGAAACUUCAGGUUGGAAUAAUAAUGAGAGAGAAGAGAAGGGUACGUGCUUGAGUUGGAAGGAUGUAAGGGUGACUGCUUCUGUGGGAAAGAAUGGAAGCAAAUCAAUUCUUGAGGGUCUAACUGGUUAUGCCAAGCCAGGGCAACUCUUGGCCAUAAUGGGUCCUUCUGGCUGUGGAAAAUCUACACUUCUUGAUACCUUAGCAGGGAGAUUAGGUUCCAACACAAGGCAAACUGGGGAGAUUCUGAUCAACGGGAAGAAACAAGCACUGGCAUAUGGAACCUCAGCAUAUGUAACACAAGAUGAUACCUUACUCACAACCUUAACGGUUGGAGAAGCAGUGCACUAUUCAGCUCAACUCCAAUUACCUGACACCAUGCCCAAAGAAGAGAAGAAAGAGAGAGCAGAUUUCACAAUCAGAGAAAUGGGUCUUCAAGAUGCCAUUAACACCAGAAUUGGAGGGUGGGGUGUUAAGGGAAUCAGUGGGGGUCAGAAGAGGAGAGUGAGCAUUUGCAUUGAGAUUCUAACUCGACCAGGGCUUCUGUUUCUUGAUGAACCAACUAGUGGACUUGAUAGUGCUGCUUCCUAUUAUGUCAUGAAAAGAAUUGCCACCCUUGAUAAGAAAGAUGAUGUUCACAGAACUGUUGUUGCCUCAAUUCAUCAACCUAGUAGUGAAGUUUUUCAACUUUUUGACAACCUUUGUCUUUUGUCUUCUGGUAGAACUGUUUACUUUGGACCCGCUUCUGCUGCAAAAGAGUUUUUCGCUUCAAAUGGCUUUCCUUGUCCUCCUCUCAUGAAUCCAUCUGAUCAUUUACUUAAAACCAUAAACAAAGAUUUUGAUCAGGACACUGAGUUGAAUUUAGGAGGAACAGUAACAAUACCCACCGAAGAAGCAAUUCGUAUCCUUGUAGAUUCAUACAAGUCAUCUGAAAUGAACCAUGAAGUUCAGAAAGAAGUGGCAGUACUAACUGAAAAGAACACCAGUUCAACAAACAAGAAGAGAAGACAUGCUGGCUUCCUUAACCAGUGCUUUGCUCUAACCAAAAGAUCGUCCAUUAACAUGUAUCGUGAUCUAGGCUAUUACUGGUUACGCCUUGCCAUUUAUAUUGCAUUGGCUAUAAGUUUAGCCACUAUUUUCUAUGAUCUGGGUACUAGUUAUCGCUCAAUUCAGGAUAGAGGUUCAUUUCUUAUGUUUGUGUCUUCAUUCAUGACUUUCAUGACCAUUGGCGGAUUCCCUUCCUUUGUGGAGGAUAUGAAGGUGUUUGAACGUGAAAGACUAAAUGGACAUUAUAGUGUCACUGCAUUUGUGAUUGGGAACACCUUUUCAGCAAUCCCAUACUUGUUGUUGGUUUCAAUCAUUCCUGGGGCUAUAGCCUAUUACCUACCUGGUCUUCAGAAAGACUUUGAGCACUUUGUGUACUUCAUUUGCGUUCUCUUUGCUUGCCUGAUGCUAGUAGAGAGCCUUAUGAUGAUAGUUGCAAGCAUUGUCCCCAACUUUCUAAUGGGUAUCAUAACCGGGGCUGGAAUUCAAGGAAUCAUGAUUAUAGGUGGUGGAUUCUUUAGGUUACCAAAUGAUCUUCCUAGGCCAUUUUGGAAAUACCCUAUGUUCUAUGUUGCAUUCCAUAGAUAUGCCUACCAAGGAUUGUUCAAAAAUGAGUUUGAAGGACUAAGAUUCGCUACAAAUAACGUUGGUGGUGGCUACAUUAGUGGUGAAGAGAUUCUAAGAGAUAUGUGGCAAGUGAACAUGAGUUACUCAAAGUGGUUUGAUCUUGGAAUCUUGCUAGGGAUGAUUAUUCUGUAUCGUGUUCUCUUUUUGAUUAACAUCAAAACUACUGAGAAGCUGAAGCCAAUCAUUGUAUCAUUCAUGUCAUCAUCAAGGUCUUCACCUAAGCCAACAAUACAGAUCAUGCAGAAUCCCAAUGCAACUCCUUUACAAGAAGUUCAAGUCAUAUAAAAUUGAAGAAUCUGUAGGUUCAAGUGUGGAGGAGAAAAACCAUUUUCAUCUUCAUAUAGAUUUGUGAGAGAUCAAGAGAUAUUAAAAAGUCUAUCGUACUCCAUCAAAACGAAAGUAGAGAAUAUCUAGAUUUGUAUCUUCGUUUAUAUAAAUGACUAGUGUUCUUAAUAUUUCUGCUUUCUAAUCAUUAACUCAACGAAAUUCAUAGUUAAUUAACAUGAUGAUACAUAUGUGGCGGAAAUAGAACCAUGCAAAUUAGAAAC